AAUGGGGGGGGAAGAGAGAGAUCCAUAGAGAGUGAGAAAGGCAGAGAAAGACACAGAGAUGGGAAAGAGGGAGCAGAGCAAGAGAACCUGAGAGGGGGAGGAAAGGAACAGAUAGAGAUAGACAGAGAGACGGGGGGGGGGGGGGGGGGGGGAGGGGGAGAAGGAGAAGAGGGAGGGAGAGAGAGAGAAGGAGGGAGAGAGACAAGCUGGAGAGCCAAGAAUGUAAGGCAAUGAACAGGUUCCUUUGGAGUGGGUCUCUGCUCCUUUCAGUCACCGACAGAGAUACAGAGGAUUCUCUGGAGCCUGGCCACUGAACAGCUCGAGUUAUGCUAAGCUACAUUUCAAGGAUCUACUGAAAAGAGAGGACACACACACACACACACACACACACACACACACACACACACACACACUUGCAUCGCAUCAGGACCAGCUGAAAAUGGACCACAAGGCUCCGUCGUGCAGGAACACAGGACAGACAGUGCCUGGGAAUGUGGAAGCCAAACGCUCACCGUUACAGGGCUAAACGCCCCUCCAGAAAAAGAUCUUGCUUGGGUGGUCGUUAGCGGCGGCGCUCCCCCCCUCCCCGCCCCAACCCCCCCACCCCAUCCCACCGACCGAUCUACGAUGGGAGGGCUGCUCGUCGGCUGGCUGCUGGUGGGAAGUCUGGCCGCCGGAGGCUGGGCCUGCCCCUUCCACUGCACCUGCCAGAACCUGUCCGAGUCCCUCAGCACGCUGUGCGCCAACAAGGGGCUGCUCUUCGUGCCGCUCAACAUCGACCGGCGGACGGUGGAGCUGCGCCUGGCCGACAACUUCAUCCGCGUGGUGGAGCAGCAGGACUUCCUCAACAUGUCGGGCCUGGUGGACCUCACCCUGUCCCGCAACACCAUCAGCUUCAUCCAACCCUUCGCCUUCGGGGACCUGGAGAGCCUGCGCUCGCUGCAUUUGGAUAGCAACCGCCUGACCGCCAUCCAGGACGACAACUUCAGCGGCCUGGUCAACCUCCAGCACCUCAUCGUCAACAACAACCAGCUGAUCAGCAUCGUGGAGACGGCCUUCGACGACUUUCUCCUCACGCUGGAGGACCUGGACCUGUCCUUCAACAACCUGCAGAAGGUGCCCUGGGAGGCCAUCCAGAGGAUGGACAACCUCCACACCCUGAACCUGGACCACAACCUCAUCGAGCACAUCAUGGCCGGCACCUUCGCCGAGCUCUUCAAGCUGGCCCGCCUGGACAUGACGUCCAACCGGCUGCAGACGCUGCCCCCGGACUCGCUGUUCGCCCGCUCGCAGACUGGCGUGAUCAACCCCACGCCCUUCACGCCCACCAUCGCCCUCAAUUUCGGCGGGAACCCGCUGCACUGCAACUGCGAGCUGCUGUGGCUGCGGCGCCUGAUGCGGGAGGACGACAUGGAGACGUGCGCCACCCCCGCCCACUUGGCGGGAAAGUACUUCUGGUACAUCCCCGAGGAGGAGUUCGUGUGCGAGCCGCCUCUCAUCACCCGGCACACCCACAAGGUGUGGAUCCUGGAGGGGCAGAGGGCCACGCUGAAGUGCCGGGCCAUCGGGGACCCGGAGCCCGCCGUCCACUGGGUGUCCCCUCAGGACAAGAUCAUCUCCAACUCCUCCCGCCUCACCUCGUACAGGAACGGGACGCUGGACAUCCUGGUGACCACGGUCAGGGACGACGGCUCCUACACCUGCUUCGCCACCAACGCGGCGGGAGAGUCCACCGCGCAGGCCGACCUCAAGAUCAUCCCGCUGCCCCACCGAGGCAACGGCACCGUCCGGGUGCUGCACCGGGACCCGGGCUCGUCCGACAUCAGCACCUCCACCAAGCCGCUGGUCAACGGCACCGACGUCCGGCGGGAGCAGGACAAGGCCGUCUCGGUGGUGGACGUGACGGCCACCACCGCGCUGGUCCGCUGGGCCGGGGCCAAGUCCCUGCAGGUCGUGUGGAUGUACCAGAUCCAGUACAACUCCUCCGUGGACGAGACACUGGUCUACAGGAUCAUCCCGUCCACCAGCAAAGCUUUCGUCCUGAAGAACCUCAUCUCAGGCGUGGACUAUGACCUAUGCAUCCUGGCGAUAUACGGGGACGCGGUGACCCAGCUGGCAGCCACCAGGGUGGUCGGGUGCGCCCAGUUUGGCACCAAGGAGGAGUACCCGCACUGCCACCUCUUGCACGCCCACUUCCUGGGUGGCACACUGACGGUGAUUGUGGGUGGCAUCAUCGUCGUCACCCUGCUGGUCUUCACAGUGGUCAUGAUGGUCAAGUACAAGAUCUGCAGCAGCAGCCAGUCGCCUAAGGUCAGUGACGUGUACUCGCAGACCAAUGGCAACCAGCCCGUGGCCAACGGGAUGCUGCCCCGCAGCAGGAUGAUGGUUCUCCACUCCAAAGGGCAGUCAAUGGGCAAGGCCGUGCCUCCUCCUCCUCCUCCCCCUUCCUCCUCCCGCUGCCCCCCCGUCGCUGCUCCCGGACACUCGGUGCCUCGGCACCGGGCAAAGCCACCGGGGAGGAAGUUCCGAACCAAGGCUAGGCCCGAGGCGGAGGCGGGAGGCGAGGCCCGGGCCAAGCGAGGCCCGGAGGCAGGGGGGAAGUCGCCCCCCAGCGGCCCCCUCUGCCCGACGGCGGCCAUCUCCAGAGCCAAGCGCAGCUGUUCGUUGGACAUGGGGGACAUCGCCGCCGCCACGUGCUACAGCUAUGCCAAACGCUUCAGCGUGAUCUGGACUAAGCGGAGUCAGUCCGUGCAUGGUAUGCUGCUGCAGUACGCCGAGGCUGAGGUGGCGGCCAAGAGAACCAGCUUCUACAGCUCCGAGGAGUUGGAAGAGAGUAUCGUCUAAGCCAGGGAACGUCGGAGGAGGAGAACCAGGCAGCCCCAGCUUGCUCUGCGAGGAGCAGUUCUGCCCUGUCAAGUGCCACGAGAUGGGGGGUAGAAGGAGCCCCACUUCUGGGUUGGCACAGCAGACAUUCCGGGAGGCACUGAGAGGGAGUGUGGCAAUCUGUCCCAGGGAUUGUUCUGCGGGAAGCCCUGGUUGCUUACAUUUUAUAUCUGUGUGUAAAGGAGUUUCCGUUCUGUGGUCAUUGGUGGAACCGACAGGGCAGCAAGAGUGGAUGGAUGUACGUUGAGAUUGGCGAUGCUACAGGUCUGACAGUAACCGAGUGUGGGAGAGUGGAAACAGCACCCAGUGGAUGGGCUGAUGGCAGUUCUGGAACUCCUGUACUUUCACCGAUGAGCACGGAUGAUUCACUGUCCUGACAAAGGAUCCGGGGCUGGAUUGUGCCAAGGAACAGAGUGCUCAGCUCAUAUCUGUAAUGUAUAACUUGUCAAUACACACUGGAACUGAGGUGCUCCUGAAAUGGAUAUGCCACUGUCUAUUAUUUGAAUGUUAAUUCUGAGGUGUUGUUUUCACAUUUUAUCUAACCAGUUUGGUUUUAUCCAUUUGCCAAAGUUACCUGUGUACAGGUUGAUUCGAGAUAACAUCAAUGCAGACGUGAAUAUAAUACGAAUGUAAAAUACAAAUGCUAGUCUGAAACCUGUUCAAUUCCACCGGGGAAAGAUAGGGGAGGCAGCCGGUAUCUUUUUCCCUGGGUCGAAAUGUCUAAUACUGGAGGGCGUGAAUUUAAGGUGGUGGGGGGUAAGUUCAAAGGAGAUGUGCGGGGCAAGUUUUUUUACACAGAGAGCAGUGGGUGCCUGGAAUGUGCCGCCAGGGGUGGGGUUGGAGGCAGAUACGAUAGAGGCGUUUGAGAGGCUCUUAGGUACCUGAAUGUGCAGAGAAUGGAAGGAUAUGGACAUUGUGCAGGCAGAAGGGAAUAGUUUAGUUAGGCGUUUCAUUAUCAGUUUAAUUGGUUUGGCACAACCUUGUGGGCCGCAGGGCCUGUUCCUGAACUGUACUGUUCUAUGUUCUUGCAGGCGACUGGCAUAGAGGUUGUUGAGAUCUUAGAUCAGUUGGGAUCUAUAAAAGUGAUGGGCAGUGGAAAUGAUCCACACCUCCACCCUGCACAGGGAUUGGCUGGAGACCUCCUUUGCAACAAUUUGAUGUACCGGGAGAGGGAAAUGAAAAAAAAAAAUCAAUUAGACCAAAGUUCCAGUGUCAAUUAGGGGAAAAAAUUCUCGACACUACUCUCGUGACUUGUCAGCUAAUCAGGAAUUGAGUAGUUAUCCACAAAGACAAUUCACCGGGUGUGAGCUAUGGGCCAGCUGGGAGCCAGGGCAACUUACUGAGGGUACAGAGGUAGGAUCCUGUGCACUAAGUGCCAGUGAGUACCAGAGGACCGUGACUCCCAGGGAAAUGAGUUGUCCUCUCCACCCUGGGCUUGCGCUCGAAAUUGAACGUCUUCUCUGGAGAUUGGGGGUUUAAGCAUGGGCUACUUCUACCUGGAACUAGGACCCCCAGGUCACGGGAAGGCAGCUGUAAUCCCAGGGGAAGCCCUCUGAGUACCCAAGGGUUACUCAGCGGUGGAGACCCAGCAGCAGGUGUGAAAGCCAAGGUGUUCUUUAGCUCUAAAUUAAACUCGCCCAGGAGUCUUGUGGAGAACUUGCACGGCAGCACGUUCACCUGCAGAUGACCCUGUACAACUGCAGAAUUUUUGCAGCCCAUUGAGCCCAUCCUGGCCAUGCUAGCCCCUGGUGGAGCCAUGUCCUCAGUCCCAUUCCCUGCUCUAUCCCCACAGCCCUUGCAAACUUCUCCCUCCGGUGCUCAUUCAAUUCCCUUUUGAAAGCUCUGAUUCGCUCUUUUUCUUCCCCCUCUACAGACCAUCACAACUCUCGGGGUAAAAUUAUUCCCUGAGGGUCCCCUUGUAUCUGUCUCCCCGGAAUUUUAAACCUUUGUCUCCCAGUCCUUGAACCAAGUGCUAAUGGGAAUAGCUUCCCGCUGUCCAAACCAGUCCUGAUCUUGGCCUCCUCGGUCAAACCUCCUCUUAGCCUCUCCGCUCCAAGGAGAACAGCCCCAACCUCAGUGGUCGGAAGUGAAAGGCAAGGGCAUGACUGAGCGCAGAAUUACACAGCAGCAUCCCAUCUGAUCCAGGCAGCCUAUGCUUGCAUUUGAGCCAACUCGGCUGUCCUGAAAUUGUUUUCCCCGAAGCUCUGCAGUCCAGGCGAUGAAGUCGCACAGGGGGCCUCCGGGAGGGGAGGGAGGCACUGAGCCCACUGUCUGUACGAGGAGGGGAGGCAGUUACCCAGCCAGGUAAACCCAGGAUAUCGCGUGUCACAGAAUUACGAAGAUGGGCCAUUUAAUCGGCACUACAGUAGUGCUCCGUGCUCCUAGCCUCACCACAUCCAUCCGUUCCUUUCCUGCCUCGUGUCUUUAUUCACUCAUAGGGCCCUGGAGAGAUGCAGCAUGGAAACAGGCCCUUCGGCCCAUCGAGUCCACACUAACUGUUAACUGCCCAUUUACACUAAUCCUACAUUCUCACCAGCACCCCACCAGAUUCUACGCCUCACCCACACACGAGGGGCAAUUUACAGCUGACAACCCACCGGUCACAGGGAGAACGUGCAGACACACACACACACACACACACACACACACACACACACACACACACACACACACACACACACACACACACAGCGCCGGAGGUUGGGAUUGAAUCUGGGUCUCUGGCGCUGUGAGGCAAUGGCUCACUUGAUGCGCCACUGUGCCACCUAGGUUCCCAAUAAAUACCUCACCCCAUCCCUGUGAUCGCCAUUUCCCCACUCUUCCCUGCCCUUAGAGAAGUCUCUCCCGAAUUCACCACCAGGUUUCUGGGCGACGGUCUCUCAUCGAUGGCCCCCCAGUUCUGGUCUGCACUACAAGUGGAAGUAGCUCCUGCUUUACCCCAGCAUCCAUCCAUGAAAUCCCUGCAUCGUGUUUGCUGGAAAAAAGAGGACAAUCAGAGCCUCUCCGUGUGGUAUCAGCACCAUGUCAUGGAUGGGAGAAUUUUAAUUUUGCUGUUUGGCGAUUCUGAGAAAAACAAGUUGCAGUCAUUACUAAACUGUGGGCAUGGGAAUUAAAAUACAGCAGAUAUGCCCACCUUAUCAAACUGCUCCGUGCACUCGGGUUGCUCUGUUACACCUCCAUCAUCUGUGCCGCAGUUACUGAGCUCGACAGAACUCCUCUCGUUAGCUCUACAGUCCUUAAUGUUGCUGUUAACCCUGGAGACAUCACCUGCUCCUUCCAGGGACCUCAGGGAUUCCCCACUGCCCAGGUAGAUUUAACCCAGAUCCCCCGAACUGGAAAAGCUCCUCAUUGGGACAGUAAGCGACCAAAAACAUGGUGAAUAUCACAGCAAAGUUCGAGGGCGGUUGGCCCACGCCAGUGUUUUGAAAGAGUCAUUGGCUCCCUUUGCCAGUUCUCCACAGAUCUAUAAAUAUUUACCCCUCCGGGAUCUUUCCCAUUUGAAAGCUACCACUGAACGUUCACCCACCACCUUUCAGGCAGGGGGUUCACAUCGCCGGUGCCGCUCCAGCCUGCACCCCCUCCCACCCCGCAUUCGAGAGGGUCACGGCUGCUCCUGCCCCACCCCCGGCGUUCCCUGAUGUCCAAACAUCCAUCAGUGUCAGGAGAGAACGUUCUCACGGACAGACUCCUGAAGUAAGGAGUUCUGCAGAUGUACAACUCCCUCAUUAAAGUUUUCCUUCAUCUCAGUCCCAAAGGACCCACUUGUUAUCCUGUCUCCCUGGUUUUGGACUCUCAUGUGGGAGGAAACAACCUCUGAAAUAUAUCUUGUCGAUUCUUCUCAUAGCCCUGUGUUUUAGUGAGAUUACCUCUCUUUCUCCUAAAGUUCAGGGAAGGUUUCGAGGGAUAUGGACCAAACGAGGGCAAAUGGGACUCACUUAGAUGGUUGGCGUGGACAAGAUGGGCUGAAGGGCCUGUUUCCCUGCAAUGACGAAUUAGAACGUAGAACACUACAGCACAGUACAGGCCCUUCGGCCCACAAUGUUGUGCCGACAUUUUAUCCUGUUCUAAGAUCUAUCUAACCCUUCCCUCCCACAUAGCCCUCCAUUUCUCCAUCAUUCAUGUGUCUAUCUAAGAGUCUCUUAAACGUCCCUAAUGUACAUGCCUCCACAACCUCUGCCGGCAGUGCGUUCCACACACCCACCACUCUCUGUGUAAAAAAACUUACCACUGACAUCCCCCUUAUACCUUCCUCCAAUCACCUUAAAAUUAUGUCCCCUCGUGUUAGCCAUUGUCGCGCUGGGGAAAAGUCUCUGACUGCCCACUUGAUCUGUGCCUCUUAUCAUCUUGUACACUAAUUCUAAUACUCAUUCUAGUAACUCUGAUAACUAAAGAUGUUAUUAAGUUAGAAAGAGUGCAGGAGUGAUUUACCAGGACAUCGCCUGCUCUUGGGGGCCUGAGUUACAAGGAGAGGUUGCGUAGACUAGGACUUUAUUCCCUGGAACACGGGAAAUUGAGGGGGGACCUGAUAGAAGUGUAUAAGAUCAUGAGGGGCAUAGACAGGGUGAAAGUCUUUUUCCCAGGGAGGGGGAGCUAAAAACAAGAGGGCAGAGGUUUAAGAUCAGAGGCGAGAGAUUUAGAAGGGACAUCAGGGGCAGCUUCUUCAUACAGAGGGUGGUGCGUAUUUGGAACGAGCUGCCAGAAAUAAUGAUUGAGGCGGGCACAUCAGCAACGUUCAAAAGCCGUCUGGAUAAGUACAUGGAUAGGAGAAGCUUAGAGGGUCAUGGGCCAAACGUGGGCAGAUGGGCAACGCAGUCAGCAUGGACGAGUUGGGCCGAAGGGCCUGUUUCUGCGCUGUGUGACUCUAUGACCUGAUCUAAUGUCUCCUUUUGUGGUUUGUGCCAAAUUUUAGUUGUGACUGCUGCUGGGAAAUGUGUUGGGAUGUUUUGCCUUGUGAAAGGUGCUGUGUAACCAGGUAACUACAGGCCAUAUCAGUGUCCUAGAGUCAUGAAGCUGUACAGGCCCUUCAGCCCAACUUGUCCGUGCUGACCAAGUUGCCAAACUGAGUGAGUGGCAUUUGCCUGCGUUUGGCCCAUAUCUGUUUAAACUUUUCUUGUCCAUGUACCCGUCUUUUACAUGUUGUAAUAGUACCCGCCUCUACCACCUCCUCUGGCAGCUCGUUCCACACACCCACCGCACUCUGUGUAUAAAAGUUGCCCCUCAGGUCCCUUUUAAAUCUUUCCCCUCUCACUUUAAACCUUUGUCCUCCAGUUCUGGAUGCCCUUACCCGGGGGAAAAGACCGUGACUAUCCACCUUAUCUCUGCCCCUCAUGAUUUUAUAAACCUCCAUAAGGUCACCCCUCAGCCUCCUUCGCUCUGGGGAAAACAGUCCUGGCCUGUCCAGUUUCUCCUUACAACCCUCCAGUUCUGGUAACAUCCUCAGUGGAGAGCAAGAGUUAAUCAGUAACAAGGUUUUGUUGAGAAAAAGAGAUGUUGCUGGACUGUUGAAUAUUUUGAGAAGAUAACAGGCGGUACAAUUACAAUGGUUAAAAGACACGUGAACAGGUACACGGAUAGGAAGGGUUUAGGGGGAUAUGGGCCAAAUGCAGGCAGGUGGGACUUGCUCAGGUCGGCAAGUUGGUUGGCAUGGACGAGUUGGGCCGAAGGGCCUGUUUCCAUGCUGUAUGACUCUGUGACUCUAACAUGGGGGGAAGGAUGGUUGAUGAGGGUGGUGGGUUUGAUGGAACACACACAGAUGUUGACAAGGUCCCAGAUGGAAGCUUGGUCAGAUAAACAACAGCCACAGGGGUCCAGGGAGAGCGGCAAAGAAGAGCGACAAGGAAACUCAAUCCACAAAAAUCCCUCGGGAACAGAAGUGCCCGAGGAAUGGGUCCUGAAGUAAACAGGAAUAAAUCCCAAUGGUCCUGAAGCAAGGUGUCGACCUGAAACAUGGUCAUUUCCUUACCCGGCCCCAAACAGAUGUCGCCUGACGUGCCGAGUUCCUGCAGCAGUUUUUCACUCCAGGUUCCAGUCUCUUGUAUCUCCAGAAAUCCCAACAGUAGCCGGAAAGACAGAUGAGGUGGUUAAGGAAGCAUUUGCGAUACUUAUGGAUGACGUAUAAGAGCAGGGAGGUUGUGCUCAAUCUGUGCAAACACUAGUGAGCCCACAACUACAGUACUGCAUUCAGUUCCGGUCAUUACACCAUUGGGCUGAUAGGACAACACUGCAGAUAGCACUGUUGGUCUAGACAGAUGUGACAGGACAAACGGCCCAUUCCUGUGACACAGAUUUCUGUGCUUCCAUGAUUAAUGUCAAUAUAAGCGGUUGGUAGUCUCAUCAGUGCUGUAUAUUUAAUGGUGGACUAACUGGUAGACCCUUUAACGUGUAAUAUUUUUCUGUGGACUAUUUAAAGCCUAUUCCCUCUUCAGUGAACUCCCUGCACAUUGUAAGAUAUUUAUUUAUUAGUCACAUGUACAUCCAAAUGCGUCUUUUUGCGUUACUGAGAAUGUGCUGGGGAGCAGCUUGCAAGUGUCGCCAACAUAGCAUGCCCACAACUUCCUAACCCACAUGUCUUUGGAAUGUGGGAGGAAACCGGAGCACCCGGAGGAAACCCACGCAGACACACGGGGAGAACGUACAAACUCCUUACAGACAGCGGUGGGAAUUGAACCCAGGUCACUGGCGCUGUAAUAGCGUCACGCUAACUGCUACACUACCGUGCCACAUUGUGGUUUCCAUUAGAGUCACACUUGGGGAAGAAGUGCGACAGACAGCAUGGAUUCACCUGCACACCCGGGAGCACCCCACAGUCUGUGGGUCAGUGGAGUUUUACAUUGAAUGCUUAAGCUUAAAACAAAAGAGCAAGAUCGACAGAGAAAUCUUCUUCACGUUUCCCCAGGGUUCCCAAGCCCAGAAAACUCUGCUCUCCUUUCCCAUUGUUCUAAUUUGCCAUCUUCACACCUUCAGUCCUCUCCCUAAACCCCUGGCUCUGCCAUUUCACAUUACUUCUCUCACAACACUUGUGCUUGCUCACUUCCCUCAGCCUUGCUGCCAUUUAUCACAGCUUGCUGAGGUGCGUGCCGAUAUCUUGCUGUAUGAAAGUGAAAGUCAGGGCUUUGAGUACACAGGGUUGGGAUGUCAUGGUGCAAGUGUACACGUGGUUGGUGAGAUCACACGUGGAGUACCUGCUCGCCCAGCUGUGGGAAGGAUGUCAUUAAGCUGGAGAGGGAGCAGGAAAGAUUCACAGGGAUGUUGCCGGGACUGGAAGGCUUGAGUUAUAAGGAGGGACUGGAUAGGCCGGGACUGUUUUCCCUGGAGCGAAGGAGGCUGAGGGGUGACGUUAUAGGGGUUUAUAAAAUCUUGAGGGGCAGAGAUAGGGUGAAUGGUCAGUCAUUUUCCCAGGGUAGGGGAGUCUAAAACCAGAGGGCGUAGGUUUAAAGUGAGGGGAGGGGGCAGGGAAGACUUAAAGAGGACCUGAGGCAGAUGCAACUAGCUCAGGUUGACAACUUGGUUGGCAUGCACGAGUUGGGCCGAAGGGCCUGUUCUGAUUUCUAUGACUCGUUGAAUCCCCGUCACAGGUCUUCCUGUGUCCUGAAGAGGUAUUUCCCAGUUUCUUUGCCAGAGCGGCUCUCAGUUGGACUAAUGAGAGCGUGACGUCCAUGGGAUCACACCAUAUCAUCGUCUAAGUCCAGGCUUAUGCCAACGUGUGAGCUGAGCCAAGUGACCUCCUUCCAAACUUGGGCUGACAGAAUCAUCAGGUACAGGAGACCUGUGAUCCUUUUCCAAUUUCCACCUUUCCCCAUUCCUCUGGAAACUUUGACACAUCAAACAUUUGUGUUAGAUGAAGGUUUUUGCCCCCAAACGUCGACUGUCCAUUUCCCCCCACAGAUGCUGCCCGACCCGCUGACUUCCUCCAGCAGUUUGUCUUUUGCCCCAUCUGCAGUAUCCUGUGUCUCCAUCGUUCUGUUCCCGAUUGGACAUCCCGAUUGACUCUGCUCCCCUUAUCCUUAAAGGUAGUAAAUUUUUUUAAAAUUUUAUUUACAGCGUGGUAACAGGCCCUUCUGGCCCAACAAGUCCGCAUCGCCCAUUUUAAACCCAAAUUAAC